AUGAACAUGUUCUGUAUCGUGAUUGAUUUCACUGCAACAUGGUGCCCACCUUGCCGUUUCAUCGCCCCCGUCUUUGUCGAAUUCGCCAAGAGGUUCCUUAACGUCGUCUUCUUCAAGGUCGACGUGGACGAAAUGAGCAGUGUUGCUAAGGAGUUUGAAGUCGAGGCAAUGCCAACCUUCGUCUUCAUGAAAGAAGGAGUGGUCAUCGAUAAGGUGGUUGGUGCUGCGAAAGAAGAAAUCCAGGCCAAGCUCGAAAAGCACUCAGCAGCUGUUGCAUCAGCUUGA